CAGGCUGGGACACUUGAUGUGCCGGCGACUGGAGUGCGGGGGACCCCAGGCCACAGCCUGUCGUCUCCUGUGUGCAGCGUUUCAGGGGAGGUGCCGGGGCCACUGCCGGGAGGGAUCUUAGGGAUAAUAGGACACCUCCCGAAGAGCUGCCAUGUCUGGGAAUGAUGUAUCUUCAGAACAGAGCAGCAGCAGCUGUGAAACCAAAGCCCCAAAUCUUCGAAUAUCAGAGAAGAAAUGUUCGUGGGCGUCCUACAUGACCAACUCCCCUACUCUCAUCGUUAUGAUUGGCUUGCCAGCCCGAGGUAAAACCUAUGUGUCCAAGAAGCUCACACGCUACCUUAACUGGAUUGGGGUGCCCACCAAAGUGUUUAAUCUUGGGGUGUAUCGGCGUGAAGCAGUCAAGUCCUAUAAGUCCUAUGACUUCUUCCGACAUGACAACGAGGAGGCCAUGAAGAUUCGCAAACAGUGUGCUGUGGUGGCCCUGGAAGACGUGAAGGCAUAUCUCACUGAGGAGAGCGGGCAGAUUGCGGUGUUUGAUGCCACCAACACCACCAGGGAGAGGAGGGACAUGAUUUUGAACUUUGCCAAGGAGAAUUCUUUCAAGGUGUUCUUUGUGGAAUCUGUUUGUGAUGAUCCUGAUGUCAUCGCUGCCAACAUCCUGGAGGUAAAGGUGUCGAGCCCUGACUACCCUGAAAGGAACAGGGAGAAUGUGAUGGAGGACUUCCUAAAGAGAAUUGAGUGCUACAAAGUCACCUAUCGACCCCUUGACCCAGACAACUAUGACAAGGAUCUUUCUUUCAUCAAGGUGAUAAAUGUGGGCCAGCGAUUUUUAGUGAACAGAGUCCAGGACUACAUCCAGAGCAAGAUCGUCUACUACCUCAUGAAUAUCCACGUCCAGCCUCGCACCAUUUACCUUUGCCGGCAUGGAGAGAGCGAGUUCAAUCUCCUGGGGAAGAUUGGGGGUGACUCUGGCCUCUCGGUGCGGGGAAAACAGUUUGCCCAGGCUCUAAGGAAGUUUCUGGAGGAACAGGAGAUAGCAGACCUCAAAGUGUGGACGAGCCAGUUGAAGAGGACUAUCCAGACUGCUGAAUCUCUGGGGGUGACCUACGAGCAGUGGAAGAUUCUGAAUGAGAUUGAUGCCGGCAUGUGCGAAGAGAUGACUUACGCGGAGAUUGAGAAGCAGUACCCAGAUGAGUUUGCACUUCGAGAUCAAGAGAAAUACCUGUAUCGCUAUCCUGGUGGGGAGUCGUAUCAGGACCUGGUGCAGCGGCUGGAGCCUGUCAUAAUGGAGCUGGAGCGUCAGGGCAACGUCCUUGUCAUCUCCCACCAAGCUGUCAUGCGCUGCCUCCUGGCCUACUUCUUGGAUAAGGGCGCAGAUGAGCUCCCAUACUUGAGGUGCCCUCUUCAUACCAUCUUCAAACUUACCCCUGUGGCCUACGGGUGCAAAGUGGAAACCAUUAAACUCAAUGUGGAGGCUGUGAACACUCACCGUGACAAGCCAACUAACAACUUCCCCAAGAACCAAACCCCUGUAAGGAUGAGAAGGAACAGCUUUACGCCUCUGUCCAGUUCGAAUACAAUAAGGCGUCCAAGAAAUUACAGUGUUGGGAGCCGGCCCCUCAAGCCCCUCAGCCCUCUCCGUGCCCUGGACAUGCAAGAAGGGGCCGACCAGCCGAAGACCCAAGUCAGCAUUCCGGUGGUGUAACCGUGUGUUUCCUUCUGGUCGUGGCAUCUCACCCUUGUCACUAAUCACAAGGAGUCAUUUAACUUCCAACCCCCCCCCCCAGUACCCCAUCACGAAUCUUACUUAACACAGAAUGUGAGGCUUUGUGUUUCCAGACCAACCUUAGCUAUUCUGCAGUGUGAAACAUCCCACUGCCCAGGGUCAAGUUGUUGAGUUGGGUGUUUUAGGACAAGACCUCAGUUGAGGUGGUCUGGAGGAGGAGGAAAAGGGAUACCUCACCCUGUGGUGAUUGGCAUUGCUGGGGUUGAGGCUAAGCAUGCCCAAUAUACUUGGUUCUUGUCCAUCCCUGGUAUCUAAAGUCACUGACGUCCCUGUGUUGGUGAAGUGCAGAAUGGUGUGGAGGGGGACACAGAAGCCCAUUUUCCCAUCACCUUUGUCUCUUUAAGGUGUGCUUUACUCACAGUCCUUACCUGCCUGCUUUCCUCCCCUUCCCUCAUUUCCCCUUUGGAUUGUCCAGUGUGAUGCAUGUGAUUGUCAUUGUGGUGUCUGUCUAGGAGGGAAGGGAAGGUUGUCGAGAGAGAAGUCCAGGCUCCAUUGAUGCUCUCUGCAGUGCGCCUAAAUGGGUCUGCACUGGGGAAGCCUUUCUUUUCCCUUAUUUCAAGGCAGGUUCCGCAAGGCUCAGCCUAGGCCAUAGAACACCCAGAAAUGCUCUGGAGCCCGUAGGUGGCUACAGGGUGACAGUUCUUGCCGCCUUUCAUGAGAAACAGUCCUAAGGCUUUGACGCCCUGCGGGAAGCUGGCUCUGAGUAUGUGGGAAAUAUCUUGGUUUGUAUUUUUUACUUCAAGAGACAGGCAUAGUGUAGGUCCUUUGGCUGCUGUGGAGUGAGGGUCAGGAGAAUAGGGUGGACUGUAGCUCCUGCAGGGCUCUCGUAGGGCAGGUUAUAUCUUUUCUCAGGUGGCUCUCAGCGUCUUUGCCAACCACUGCAAGCCAGUGACCUCUGGGACCAUUUAGAAGGACAGUUAGAUUUAGGAGUCACCACUGAUGCUUGUCAAAAGGUAGAGCAGAGUUCACUAGAGUUGCCUUGUAUUUUCCAGUAAUUUCCAAAACUUGCCUUUUUAAUUUGAAAAACCUAAAGGAGUCUUUGGAACCAUGUGGGUGGGGUCUAACUAUUCACUGCCUGUAUUUACCUACGCCUGUCAUUUUAUUUUCUAUGUGGGGUUAAACAGGAAAUGUUUAGAGCAGGGAUUCUUAGCCCCCUGGUAGCCCAUGAUAGCAUGCUCCGCCUCCCAAAUUUGUAUGCAGAACAUAUGACUAUAUGGGCAUUUUUCUGAGAAGCAAGUCUAGAGUGCUCAUGAAAUUUUUAAAAGAGAGAGAUGACUCCCCUCUUAAAGCUAUCAAUUUGUCUUUUAGAGGUAACCAGUGGCUAUUUGGGUGUUUUUGGUAAUAGAAGGCCCUUCGUCAUGAUUCUUAACUAGGAGUAUUUGUUAAAACCCCUUUAGACCCUCUGAAAUGUACACAUGCCUGGGUUUACUUUAGGCUUAAUAUUAACUCAGAAUAUCUGGGAUUAGGGUCUGGACAUAGGUGUACUUAAAUAGCUUCGCUAAUUCUGAUUCCUACAUACUCCAGGUUAGGACUCCAUUUAUGAAGUUGGGUGGAGACAUACUGGGAUUGUAGUUCCUUGGACAAAGCAUCAACCUAGGAAUUCUGAAUUUUUCAUGGUUCUUAAAGGUCAGUUCUUUGGAGUUAGAUGUUUAGCAGAUCAACAUAUUACAUGAAGUGAUCCUCUUGUAAUCAGGCUGUUAUGGUGAUGUGGAACAAAUCACUACCUAAAUAAAUGUCCUUGGGUAAUAGCUGGGAAUUUUAAGCACCCUCGAGAUAGGUACUGAGAGAAAACCUGUAGGAUGAUAAAGGUUAUCAUUACACGUAGCUGACUUGUGACCUUGAGUCCUUUAUUCUUGUAUCUUGAGUAGAACAUCACGGCCAGUUUCCAAAGACUGCUUGCCUAGAUUCUGCUGGAAAUUGCGUCCAAGAUGUAAAGUAACGUGCUCUUCCGAUUUCGCCAUUUACGUAACGUGUACUUCCUUCCUCAGUUUGUGGGGCUUUGGGCUGGGUGGAGAUGGGGGUGGGGUAGGGUAAAGAGAAGUAGAAGAAAACGUGCUUGCCCUAAAGAAGGUUAUUUUAGAGACAGGGCAUACAAUUUACAAUAAAUGAACAUUUGCAGAAGAGCAAUUCUUUGAGUCUGUAAGUGAGGGCACUGAAGUAGAAUACAGAUUGUUUCUCCUGACUUUUCUCUUGUCCUAUGGCCAUGAGACUAAAAGAGUUGGGAGGUAGGAAUGCCCCCUUCCCCCAACCCCUAUGUGAGGAUAAGACGUGGUCUAGGAGGCAGUAUGGCGCUUUUAAGAGGUUGCCUUAUCUAACUUUGCUUGGCUGGUGGCAUCUUUAGCCUAAAUGAGCAUUCAUUCAUUCUCCUCUCCUGCUGUGUGGUGAGGAAUUCAGAGCUAAUGAACGAGAAGGAGCAUUUUGAUCCAAAGACUGUGGCUGUACAUACUCUUAGAGAGAGAAGUCUCUAACAAACUAGCAUUAUGUCACCUUUGUUACAAACCCCAACACGAGCCACAGGUCACUGGAAUGUUCACGUUGAGGAUUUCUUCACUCUCCCCUUGUGCUACUUGGCCUCUCCCUGAAGAGGAGCCUGAGCUGGUCUUAUUACUCUCAGAUAGGACACGAGAAAUUAGAAUUUGACAACAGCAAGGGUUUCAGCAUUCUUCAGUUUCUAGAGCAAGAUCUCUCUGGAGAAAGUUCAGCAGGAAGAAGCCAGGAGAACAUACUAGGAUGAAAGAGCACUCGUACCCCAAAUUUUAGACAAGUCCUGCUUCCUAUCUUUUCUUUCUUGUCCUCCUCUCCCAUUCUUAGUUGACUGUGUAUUAAUAGCACGUACGCAUUACUAUGAUUAUGUCUAGAUCAUGAAUCCUACCUACAAAGAAAGAACGGACUCCAGAGUACUUUUUGCUGAGGCUUUCAGUUUUGUUGUGGGAGAAAUAGGUGAAAGCUUUAUUAUCGAUCUACUGGUAUAAAACGGGGAAAGGAAAAGCACUGCAUAUUCUGUUUUCUUUUUCUUGCUUCAAAGCUGAAUGAGGAAUUCUGUGACAGACUUGAAAGAGGAAUCUAAAGCAGAUUUAUUCUAAAGUUUCUCUUUCUAGCUCCUAAUCCUCAGAUUGGAAUUCAGCUGCUACUUGUUAUCUGUAUUGUCUUUGGUUUCGCUUUGGUAAGGGAAUUGUUUUACAUUCAAUUGGCAAGUCAAAAAAGAAACUCUUUUAAAAAGGCUUAUCGUUCUCUUUGUUUUGUUUUUUUUUCCCCCCCAAGAAGUUAGGAAUACAAAUAGUAUAUUGUAUUCCUAUUGUAUUCCUGAACCAUUGAGUUGUUUCCUGUGAGGUUCUGGUGUUCCUCUUUGCAGCCCACUUGAUCUUCAGAGGUACUGGCGAUUUGAAGAAACAUGAUAUAGCUGUUUGGAAAUAAAUCCAUGUUAUGGUUUUCCUAUGAGCAGGGGACCUGAGUUCCAGAGAAACUCAUGGAUGCUUGGGGUAGCUAAAGAACAAGAGAAAUGUAUCUAAAAAUGGAGAGAACUAUACCUGGUUAUAUAGUCUUAUACACCUUCCAUUGUCUUUGCUAAGCUCAGAAUCCAUGUUGUGUUUGUUUUCAAGAAAUUUGAUAAAUUCACCCAGGUUUUCCAGUAUGCGUUUUGACUUGCUUGUGUUUUCAAAUAUUUUAAUUUCAAAAAUCAUGUAACAAUUGAAUCAAGUUUAGCAGGAUUGAUCUCUGACUUCCCAUAGAGGUGAAACGGACAUCAGAAGGAUGUCCAGGAAUUUAAUUUAGACUUAUAGUGUCCAGAAGACUCUGCCUAGUAGUAUCUGUUUGCUGACUGACUGACAGACUAUAGUAGGGUCCCUGUCUGACUGACAGACUAAGAGGACCUGUAUGCUGACUGACUGACAGAUGGUAGUAGGGUCCCUGUCUGACUGACAGACUCUAAGAGAAUCUAUAUGCUGACUGACUGACAGACUGUACUAAGUUGGAUCUGUAAGUUGACAGUCUGUUUUCUAAUUGUACCAGUAGGUAGUGUAUGCACAUUAUUGUAAUUCUCUGUCUUUUGCAUGUGUAGUACAAUGAACGGAAGUAAAUACUCCACAUGUUUUCUUUAGGGGGAAAUUCUGUACACUGAUUUUUAAUAGACAUUUCUUUUAGCGUAGCAGCCAAAUUAUCAUCAUUUUUUAGAAAAUGAAGGUUGAACAUCACUUGGAUGAUAUUUUGUAAACUCAGCUCAGAAAUGCCUGCUCAAAGCCUGGAGUUAUUACUCUACUUGAAGUCAUCUCAUGCACUCCCCUGCUUCUAGGCAGGAUUCCACUUUUACUCUCUGUUUCUGAACCUUCUGUGUUCUCAGCUUCCCUGUUAUGAAAGGUAGCACUCCACUGGACAAUGCUGCUGUUUCUAGUCUGCCAUGCGUUUGGCUCUUCACUCAUAAUAUAAUAAACAAAAAUGCAAAGGAAAUUUUGCAUUCAAAAAUUGAUUUUAAGAGGUGGCAAAGUAUUCUUUCCAGCAAGCCUUUCACUGGCGAUCUAUGUCCAACCUUGACCUACUCAACGUUUUUGUAUCUGAAUUGCUUGUGCACCUUUUUUUCAUUAUGUUGAAGUAACAAGAUCAACUCAUUCUGAUAUGGUGAUGGUUUUGCUGCGGCAAAAACAAAGGACUGAUCACCAACUGUGCCCUUUGGAGAGGGUUGGAAGUGAGCUAAGCACUAUUGGGUCGUCGAAUGGGAAUGACCUGAAUUGGGAACCCAAACAAUAGAUCUGUGCUGCUGAUUUCCUAGGCACAGCUCUGUUUAAAGAAGGAAUGUAAGUCCUUAGCAGCAUCCUGAUUUAAUCUGGUGACAUUGAUAUCAAAAUAUGCCACUUAGAUCUAUAUAAGGUGUGUAUAACUGUAUUUGAAAUGUGUUUUGUGUGUGUGUGUGUAGAAUGGGUAAAUAAAAUUGUUGAGUAACUUGAA